AUGGAUAUCUUUAGGAACGCCGUCGUGACCGCCAUCCAUAAUGCUCGGAGUCACGGCUUAUCACCAUCUAAAGCCUCGUUCGACCUCAUCUCCUCAAACCUUCACCUCGAAUCAACAUUAUAUCAGUGUAAUGGUGUCAAACAAAGCCCCAAUCAGAACUCUAGCUUAGGGAUUUCGUCAAUACGGCGACGGUAUCAAGAGCUCAAAGGAGAAGCGAAACAAACAUUAACUAGAAAGAAUCUGCAAGAUAGAGCAUCAAUCAAAAAGUUCAGAGAGCUUACAGAUCGGAGUCCGUCUGAUGCGACUUUAAUGGUGGUGAUGACGAGAAAAAAACCAGGUUCGAGCGAUGGUGUAUGCACCUUGUUUGAACUACAAUGCCCUGUGGUGGUCUCGUAA